AUGAGCGAGGAAGAGCAGAAUAACGGCUCGCUGUCUGUCAGGAAACCGUCUCGUAUGCCGAAGUGCUCUCGCUGCAGGAACCACGGCUUCGUGUCGCCGCUGAAGGGCCACAAACGCUUCUGCAACUGGAGAGACUGCCAGUGUCAGAAAUGCAGACUUAUCGCUGAACGACAGCGGGUCAUGGCAGCCCAGGUGGCGUUACGGAGGCAGCAGGCCCAGGAGGAAGAGCUGGGCAUUUGCAAUCCGGUUAACCUGUCCGGUUCAGACACUGUGGUGAAAAACGAGGCCGCCGGUGAUAAUGUGUUUACUAUCAUCUCAGAACCGCCAUCACCCACCGCCAGCAGUGCUACCGCCUCUCCCACCAACCUAGAACUGGAUGUAGGAUCCAGACAGCUGAUGGUGCCAGAUAAGAGCUCACUCAGGGAGAUGCCCAGUGGAAAUGGUCGCCAUAACAUGUCCCCCCAGUACCGAACACACUCCUACUAUUCAUCUUACCUGAGUCAGGGGCUUGGCACAACUGCAUGUGUGCCACCCAGCACCUGCCCUGAACCCAAAGCAGCAGUUUUCUCUGAUGGAGCUCAAGACGCAGUGUCCAUCAGCUCAAUGAUCAACCCUGAGAACAAGCUGGAGUGUGAGAGCAGCUCAGAGUCUGGAACCUUCUCUGUCGACUCCAUCGUCGAGGGGCCAACCAAAUGAAAAACCCUCACCUGCACCAAUCUCCCAUCGAAUUGAAUUGUUUCUGUAUUUUAGCUAAAAGUAUUAUGAUUUUGAAAGCA